CACUAAUUAAUAUUCAUGAGUUGACUGUCGACAGUAGCGCGUCUCAUGGAGGACAGCGAACUCAUAAUCCUACAAAAAGCACAUGAUGAGUUCAGCAGUAAGAAUUUUAAACGAGCAGAGGAAUUAUACACAAAAUUCAUCGAGUCCUGCACCAAUUCCAGAAAAUGCAAUGCUCAUGAUUUGGCCAUCGCCUAUAAUAAUCGAGGGCAGGUGAAGUAUCUCAGGGUGGAUUUCUAUGAAGCUAUGGUUGACUAUACUUCGGCCAUAGAGAUCAACAGCCAAUUUGAAGUGCCACUUUAUAACAGAGGAUUGAUACGUUACAGAUUAGGCUUUUUCAAGGAGGCUGAGAGUGACUUUCGGAGAGCCCUGGAGCUGAAUCCUGAUUUUAAAGAUGCUAAAGAAAGUUUGAGUCAGACGCUCUGGGACAGCGAAGAAAAGAUGAAGAGAGGCUACUAAUGAGAGCAAAUCAUUAAAUUUUACAUAUCUCAUCUGAACCAAGUGGAUUGAACUGUUGCGUCAACAAUAAGUUAUAAUAGGCUUGCAGAGCUGGGUAGAUUACUUAUGAAUUGUAAUCAGUUACUGAUUACAAAUUACAUGACAAAAUUUGUAAUCAGUAAUAUAAUCUCAGAUUACACAUUUUUGGUAACAUAAUCGGACUACUUUUGGAUUA